AUGAAUUUGCUGGUUAUUAGUAUUACUAUUAUCGAAUUAUAUUUUCUAUGUUCAAGUGUUCAUGGGAAUCCAUGUCGACAAAAAUUCUGUGCAACAUGCACAAACUGCACAGCGUAUCCAGGCUUAUGUGGUCCACAUGCUGUAUGCGUUAACUAUGCUUGUGUAUGUGAACCUAAUUAUCUUGGUAAUUUUGGUGACAUCUAUGGAGGCCCUUAUGAUAAAGUAGUUGGCUGUGUUUAUGCAUGUUUCAAUGGUAACGACCAUGUAACGUUAAUAAAUGGUCAACAUAAACAAAUUGAAGAUCUUCAUGUUGGUGAUCGUAUUUAUACAAUAAAUGUUUAUAAAAAUAAAAUUGAAGAAGAUGUAAUAAUGAUGAUGGCACAUACGGAACCGGAAAAAACAGGUUAG